AUGGCGCUGGAGGAGGCCACGGUCAACGGCGUGGCUUCGUUCGAAGACGUGACAGACCCCUCCAGCGUCGACUAUGCUGGUAAUGACAUCUCCUUUGAUGAGAAAGCGUUCGUUCGCGCGCGAUUGGGCGGUGCUGGUAGCAUGCUGCGAGAAGCUUCUGUCGGUAUCCAGACAAGUGGCACGAAGACCAUGCUUGAUGGCGGUAUCUUUCAAGUUUAUGUAGGCUUGCACAUGGUCUCUGGUGAUAACAACGGACACCCGGGGAGCGUGAGCCAGCUACCGCCUAGUUGCGCGCGAUCCUGA